AUGGGUGGCAUCAACUUUAACCCGGAUCGCGACAUCCCAGACCUGUCUGGCAAAGUCAUCCUGGUGACAGGCGGCAGUAGUGGGCUCGGGAAGGAGUCUAUCCUUCAAUUGGCGAAGCGCAAUCCGGCCAACAUCUUUAUGGGUGCUCGAAGUGAGGCGAAAGCUAAGGAGGCCAUUGACGAGAUAAAGAAGACCGUCCUAGACGCCAAAAUCCAGUUCCUCCCCCUGGAUCUGUCAUCGUUUGCCUCGGUUCAGAGCGCUGCCAGUCAGGUCCACGCGUCUUCCGAGCGACUCGACAUUCUGAUGAACAAUGCCGGCAUCAUGGCCACGCCGGCUGCCGUCACCAAAGAGGGUUACGAGAUCCAAUUUGGCACCAACCACAUGGGCCAUGGCCUCCUCACGAAGCUGUUGCUACCGCUUCUCGAGAAGACUGCCGCCGCUCCUGGCAGCGACGUACGGAUCAUCAACUUGAGUUCCUCCGCCCAUACCCAAGCCCCCAAGGAAGGCCUCGUCCUUUCAGAGGUCAAAUCACAAAUGCUAUCCUCCGGUACCUGGGCCCGCUACGGCCAAUCCAAACUUGCCAACAUUUACUACACCCAGCAGCUUGCCAAGCGCUACCCCAGUAUCAAGUCCGUGGCCAUCCAUCCAGGCAUUGUCCAUACCAACCUUAUGUCAGGCAUGAUACAAUCGAACAAGUUGAUGACUCCGAUUGUCUUCAUCGCGAACCGAUUCUUUUUUACUCCUGUCAAGGAUGGCGCGUUGAACCAGCUCUGGGCUGCCACGGCAAAGAGUAAAGAUGUCAAACAAGCCGGCUUCUACUACCCAGUGGGAGUGGAGUUCAACCCAAAGCCCAUCGUCACCAACGCUGGGGUCUCAGAUGCGUUGUGGGAAUUCACAGAAAAAGAGCUCAAGGAACACGGUUAUUGA